AUGGCUAACAAGUUAACCAAGGGAGCUUGGUUCAAUCCAAUUGUUAUCGACGAUGAACCAGAAGCGGUUAAACAAGAAAUCCCCUUUGCUCCCGGUCCCGUUCCCACUCCUGGCCCUGUUCUUACUCCUGGUCCCGUUCCCACUCCUGGCCCUGUUCUUACUCCUGGUCCCGUUACCACGCCUGGUCCCGUUACCACGCCUGGUCCUGUUACCGCCUACCCCCCUAUUCGCUUCGGAACAAUGCGAACGAGAAACCAACUAUGCCGAUUACUGCAAGAAGCAUACAAUACCUCACCUGAGGAAUUCCACCAAAAGAUAGACCGAGCGUAUGCCCAGUUCUUAUACAAAUUCAGUACUACACAAGAAGCCUUUCUCACCCGCAUGCAGCCAAUUUUCAAUAAUGGCAAUUGUUUCUCUGGGUUUACCCAGGUCUUUCCAUCGGCUAACCUGACCCAACUUAUGCAGAUAAUGCUACAUGCCGACAAAAGACAGACCUGGGCUUUGUUUUCUAUGUAUGAGAUCAACUUCUCGAUUUUUCGGGAUACUGCGCCUCGUGCGCAGCGGAAAGCCUUUUACAUCCUGGUUAAUCACGACAGAAAUGACCUACAGCGCUUACUGACAUGCGAAGUUGAAAUCUCACACUUAUGCAACUGGAGACGUUGCAUUAACCCGGACCAUGUUACACUGGAGUCACACACCACCAACAUUUCGCGGAAAUCAUGUUUCACACAGGCACAAGGGCACUUCAGUGCUGGCCUUCCAGUCAAGGUCUCAUGCGAUAUUCACAACCCGCCAUGCCUGCUGCAACAGGCAGCGUUGCCAACUACAACAAAGGUGAUAAAUGAAUGGGAGGCCAUGGGGAGGCCUCUGCCAGAGGUCUUGCCCGAGCAGAUGGAUUCCUUAAAUGCCGAGUUGCUCACAAUACCUAUUGGGCAGUACAUAUGGGUCAAUAAUCGGCGAGUGGUUAUCCGGGAAUAUACAAUCCCGGUAGUGAAUGAUGAAUAUCAAGGAACACAGGCACCAGGCAUGAUAUACUCGAGUAUCUUGGUGAAAGAGUUAAUGGAAGCAUAG